AUGACAAUCACGGCGGACUCACUUUUCGAUGAGGUAGGAGCGAGCUAUGAAGCUGCCUUUGCAGACAAUGCGCCGCUUUGUGCCUUCAUCGAUCAGGCCAGCAAGAAGUUAGCCCCCAACAGUCGGGUGCUGGAUGUUGGAUGCGGCACCGGCAAGCCCGUCGCGGAGAUCCUGGCAACCGCAAGCCAUCGAGUGCAUGGAAUCGACAUCUCCCCAGGUAUGGUCAAGAUUGCCACGUCGCAAGUCCGGGGUCAGUUUGAAGUGGCCAACAUGAACACCUUUCACCCUUGCCCGUCCUAUGAUGGUAUCUUUGCGAUUCUAUCGCUGUUCCAGCUCACUCCAGGAGAGCUGUACUCGAUGAUCUUCAAAUUUGCCGAGUGGCUCAGCUUGGGUGGCCGCUUAGCCCUCGCGGUGACGCCCAGCACCGGACUGUUGCCGGACAAAUGCACCUACGAUCCCAUCUGGGAUUGUGUGAGGAUGCUCGGAAAGUACUGGAUGAGAAACUACACCAACAAGGUCUUCCAUUCGGAGGAUGGAUGGGCUCGCCUGCUGCAAGCGGCCGGUUUGGUACUCGAAAUGGAGCCCGUUGACCACAUCUUUUGCCCGACUGGCAACCGGGAAUACACGCACCCUGAGGCUCAGCACUUCCUCCUCGCAAGGAAGGUUGAGCCGCAGCCUUUGCUGGGCCCGUAUCCAGUUCCAAUUGCUGAAAUGCCUUCAGACUGUGUCGACCAUCUUGAUAUUUUCACCGAUCAUCCCUGCCAGACAUCACCGAUAACCUCCCAUAUGCAUGCACCUGACUCGUUUGAUGUCAUCGUUGCGCCCUGGACACUCGAUAAGCUUCCGAGCCUCAGACAGGCCAUCGAGAAGACGACCCAUGUGGCACGUCAGAAAAACUCACAACUUGUCAUCCUCCAGGGAGCUCCUGGAAAUGAGGCGGUGAUGCACCUGAACGCGGCCGCGCGCUCACCUCGAAUCCGCCACCAAGGCCAGAUUCUGCAGAAAGCGGCGCAGCUGUUGACAACACAGGGGUUCGGGCACAUCUCUCUAAAGCGUGUUCGUGCACAUUAUGCAUUCCCCGAAGAGGACUUGCCAACCUGA